CAGAGGGAGCUGGAGCAGCGAGACGUUCUUGGGGAAAAGCAUCUGCAGAGGUGCUUUGCUCAGCUCCCGGGUCCUGGCUGUCCCAGCGGCCCAUGACGCAGAGCCCCCUGAUGCUGGGCCUUAACUGGGCUGUUCCCACCCCUCACAGGCUCUGCGGGAUGCUCGGGCUAAUUGCAUAGUACUUCUCACGCCUGCAGGGAGCCGAUCGGCCGAUUUUAACAGAGUCUGCUGAAUCCUGAGGCUGCUGCUUCACCUUCAAGCCCAUGAGCGAUGUUUAGGCAGCGAAGGAGAUGGGCUAAUUUCCAAAUCCCUGCAGGACAUUCUGAGCUCCCAGUCGUGUCAGCGGAAGCAAGACCAGGCUUUUCUGAGCACUGGACCCAGAGGUGACGGAGGCCCAGCGCGACGAGGCCAUGGUGUGCUGUUUCUCCUCCAAUGGCUCCUUGAUUCCCCAGGAGCUGAGGUCCCCCUGUGCCCACUCCCCGUGCUUCAGGACGAGGGCUUCGUGCCUGCCACAGCAUGGUACAAGCCUGCUUGGUGUGCUCCAGAGUUCAUAACGGCAGCCUGACAGCCCAGGCAGCCAGGGCAGACAUGGACACGACAGACAAGCCCAGUCCCUCUGCCAAGAAGCAUGUGCGUCUUCAGGAGAGGAGGGGCUCCAACGUGUCACUGAUGCUGGACAUGAGCUCACUGGGGAGCGUGGAGCCCAUCCAGCCUGUCUGUACACCUCGGGAUAUCACUCUGAAGGUCCUGAGGACAUUCAGCCAUGUGCUGAGGAGAGAGGAGCUCCAGGAACGCGCCCAGAGCCUGACACAGCUCCAGGAUGAGUUUUCGAAAAUCCCACCCAACUUCGUCAGUCCAGAGGAGCUGGAGAUCCCUGGACGUGCUUCCAAGGACAGAUACAAAACCAUCCUCCCCAAUCCUGAGAGCCGGGUCUGUCUCAGGAGAGCAGGAAACCAGGAGGAAGACAGCUACAUAAAUGCCAACUACAUCACGGGCUAUGCGGGGCGGCCCCGGGAGUACAUUGCCACCCAGGGACCCAUGCUGAACACCGUGACCGACUUCUGGGAGAUGGUGUGGCAGGAGGAGGCGCCUCUCAUCGUCAUGAUAACCAAGCUCCAGGAGCGCAAAGAGAAAUGUGUCCACUACUGGCCCGAGAAGGAGGGCACCUAUGGCCCCUUCACCAUCUGCGUGCAGGGUGUGAGCGAGUGUGUGGAGUACGUGGUCCGGGAUCUCUCCAUCCAGUUUGAAGGUGAAUGUCGCCAGGUCAAACACAUCCUCUUCCCUUCCUGGCCGGACCAGCAGACGCCCGAGUCAGCCAAGCCCCUGCUGCACUUGGUGGCCAAGGUGGAAGAGAUCCUGCAGGCUGCAGCCAGCCCAGGGCCCAUCGUUGUGCACUGCAGUGCAGGGAUCGGCCGGACGGGCUGCUUUAUUGCCACUAGGAUGGGUUGUCAGCAGCUGAAGAACAAAGGGGAGGUGGACAUCUUGGGAAUCGUGUGCCGCCUCCGCAUAGACAGAGGCGGGAUGAUCCAGACAAGUGAGCAGUACCAGUUCCUCCAUCACACGUUAGCUCUCUACGCUUCCCAGCUGCUGGAGGCAGGAUGCCACUAGCUCCCACCGGUCUCCCUGCUCCGACCUCUCCUGCGCCAGCUGUGGGGACACCUCCACCACAAACCCUCCUGCUGCUGCCAGGCCACAGAGCAGCAGCACAAGUAUCCCAGGAUGAGCACAGCUGAGCAAACCCAUGGGGAUUACAGCCUUGCGACCCUGGGGAUGAGCAAGGUUUGGUGGGUUCACAGGCGGGACUCCGCAGGUGCUCGAGGUGGCCGUUGCUUCUGGCUCAAGGCAGAUUUCACCCCUGGAAAGAAGCUUUGGUUUUCGAAACAUGCAACAUUAUAUCCUCAACCAGAAGAGCAAGCUGUGUGGAAGAACUGAAGCUGGGAACACAGUCUGCCUUUAUAGCUGCAGAGAAAUGUUUAGCCCGUUAGACGCGAAGCUGGUACAAUUACCCUGCAAAUAAACAGAGCUCCUCUCCUGAUUUCGUAUCAUAUGUGGGCAGAGGCUGCGCUGCAUACAGAGCUGGGCUUGCUCCUGACACGUGCCAAGAUGCUUUCCUUGCUAAAGAUACACCUUGAUGAUUUAGCACAAUAAGUGCACAGUUGAUUGCCUUUGGUACGUGGCUUUGUUUUCCUCUCCACCUUAAGCCAACACCUUCUCAACAGCCUUAAAGUAGGAGAGAUUCCUAAGUGCGGCUGCAGUUCUGCAAGCUAUGUAUUCCCUUUUGUUACAUGAUGGUGGGGGUUUUGCAUUGUUGGAUUUUUGCUGAAAUCAGAACAAGGUAAAUUUUGGAUUUCGUUAGAGUAUUUUUUCACUGAUAAAUUCAGUGGAAAAAAGGAAGAAGAUGGAGAAACAUUGUGGCACAAAGCAUGGAGUAGUAAAAAUUCUGUAAAAUAUUUUAACGCUAUACAAAGCUGGCCUUCAGUUGGUGGGUGCUGCACAGGCUGUUGGGCAGUGAGGACUGAUAAAGAGCUGGGGGCCGCCUAGCCUGUGCCUUCCUGUGCCCCAAAGCCCUGAGGCGGCCCACUUGCUGGGUGAGAUCCAGGGAAAAAGAAGGGUCAGUCCUUUUGCUGAGAGAGCCUGAGUUUGCCUCGUCUCCUAGAGUAUCCCCAGAUCAGGGCUGUGUGCAUGGAGCCCCCUCCACCACUCUGAAGUUCCCCAAAAUGCAGUUGAAUGGCUGCCAAUUGUUUUGCCCUAGUGCGUGUUAUUCAGGCUCUGUGGGUCCCUUGAGAGGAAAAAUGAUGGAAUAAAAAGAGAAGUUUCAUCCUUAA